AUGAAUGGUACAGUACAUUUCCCAAUCACAAUAGAUGCAAUAAAUAGUUUAUUAAGACCAUUUGCAAACAAUGCUCUUAAUGUUACAUUUCAGUUUGAAAUAAUGCGAGCUUUAGAAGCGGUUAAUCGAGGUCGUUUAGAAUUGACCAUUUGGACACAUGAAGUUUGGAGAAUUUUUGAACCUCAGAUUGUUACAAAACUUUUGGAGGAGAAAGAUUCAUUGAAAAUUCGUUUGAAUUCUGCAUCAGAUUUGAAAUUUUCACCUGAAACAGUAUUCAAAAAUGCUCUUUACUUUAAGGAGCACCGUACACCCCUUUUAAAUACUGUAUUACAGCUUAAUAAAUACGGUGAUAUAUCACUACAUUCACUCUAUACGUUAGAUAUACCGUGUACUAAGAUUACGCGGCUUAAAUCGACAUGCAUAAAAUAUGAAGUAUGUGGUAUGCAUAUCGAAGAAGAUCAGUACCAAAAUAAUGUAUACGCAGUUUGUGAACUUUACUAUGGAAGCAUAACUCAAGAAAGUAAUCAGAUUCAUCUUAAUUGGGCAUCUGAAGAUUUUGGUGAACCCAAUUUGUCAUGCUCUGUUCAAUCCUUACCAGGUUGUGUAAUUACACGAAUACGACCAUCAAAAAAAGAAAUUACAUUUCUUGGAGGACAGUAUGAUGAACUCGUGGCUUGCAUCAUUUUGAGUACACCUAAAUCAAAUUCUGCUAUAUUUUAA